AAUAAAAAAACUUUAUUUUAAGUCCAUUGAUCUGUUUGCCAAGCUGGUAACGAAUCUUCCCAAGUCCAUAUAAUUUCCUCACUUUGUCAAAAUUUUCAUCAUUCCUUGCAUUCUACUUCGUUAAUCAGGGUUUUUCAUCGACUCUCAUCUCGUUUCGCUCUUCAAGAAUCAACAACAAUCAUGACUCGCGGUAACCAGAGAGAGAAAGAUCGUGAAAGGGCUCAAUCUAGAGUCGGUGGUUCUAAGGGAAAACCAGUAAAGGGUGAUGGGUUGACCCCUGAACAGCGUAGAGAAAGGGAUGCGAAGGCUCUGCAGGAGAAGACAGCUAAGAAAGCUGCUCAGGAUGCUGCAGGGAAUAAUGCUGGUGGAAGCAAGAAAUAGGCGAUGGUUUGAUUGUUGUUACUGAUUUGGAUGGAGCUCGAUGAGGUGUUGUUGGUUUUAUACGUUUAUGGAAAAUUGAAAAUAUUUGUAUGAAUUGUUCUGGUCAUCUUUUUUGGUAGUUUAGAAUCAAAUGUGUUUAUUAUUUUCAUAAUGAUUGGUGUUUCCUUGGAAUUGAUUGUUGUUGGAUGCUGAGCCAAUGGCUUGUAAUGUAUCUUUGUUUGGAUUUGGAAUACUACCAUUUUUGUGAUGAUUUUGAUCUUUUGCUGUUUGUGCUGUCA